UUAAUAAUUAGAAGUUUAAGAUAAAAACCUGUAAAAUUCCACCCUCACGAUGAGCAUCCGCAUCGACAUCAACGUGUGCCGUGUGUGUUGCAAAGCGGAAGCCCCCCACUCGAUCCUACAGCAUGCCGCCAAAUUUCAGUACUGCACCGCCCUUCAGAUCUCGGAACAGGACGGUCUGCCGACGAAGAUCUGCGAUGGCUGCCUCGGUCGGAUGCGGGUGGCGGUCGAGUUCAAGCGCAAGAGCGAAAGUUCCGACCGGCAUCUGCGAAGCUUCAUUGAUAAAGUUAAUAGUCAGUUUCACCUGGCACUGGGCGGUUCCGACGAUGAGGACGGUGACGGUGGUGGGGAGGAGGAGGAGCAGGAGGAGGGGAAGGUGGUAGCGGGGGAGGUGGCCAGUUCGGAGAAGAUUCCGAUGUGUACGAUUCCGGGCAAGCAGGAGGUGGAGCAGGUGUUGGGGGAGUCGGAGCCGAAGCAGGAGUUGGAAAAGUUCCGGGCCGUUGCGGUGAUUCAGGAGAAACCGGCGACGCCGCCGCCACCGUUGGUCAAGCCGGAACGGGACGAGGUGGACAUUGUGGAGCUGGAGUACGAGGACGAACUGCCGAUGGAGGAGAUGGGGGAAGAGGAGGAACAGGAACAGCAGGAAGCGGAAGAGGAACUGAUUUACAUCGAUCUUCCCGCGGACUAUGAACAGCACCAGGAGGAGGAAGAGUUGGUCCAGCCGAUGGACGAGUCCGGCCACGAAAGUGUCGAAGUGUACGAGAUUCACGACUCCCAGUCGGACACGCUGGAAGUGACCCAAACCACUCCGAAACGUCGCCCGCCGAAAACGCCCCGGUCAAAGACCAUUUCGGAUUCGGAAAAGUCCACGACUUCCCGCUUCGAGUGCACCCAGUGCAGCAAAAUCUUCUCCACUCGGACGAACCUCAACCGGCACCUGCUGACGCACGACGGCAAUAAGCCCUACACCUGCCUCCUCUGCCACAAGGGCUUCACCCAGUCGGGAUCGCUCAAGCAGCACCUCCUGAUCCACCAGAACCUGCGCCCGUACGUUUGCUCAGUUUGUGGCCAGGGUUUCACCCAGCAAAAGUCGCUCACCUUCCACAUGCGGAGACACACAAACGAAAAACCGUUCAUCUGCUCGUUCUGUGGGUACGCGUUCCGCCAGAAGGACGGCCUGAAGCGGCACGUGGCCGUCAAGCACAACGAGAACAAGACGCGCGACUUUGCGUGCGAUCUGUGUCCGAAAGCGUUCAAGACAAAGCAUGUGCUGACGGUGCACCGGCGGAAGCACUGCAGUGGAAGUGGCGAGGGGACGGACAAGGAGGGAGAGGUGGAACAGGGUUCGGGAGAAAUGGUGGUCACCGUUGUGGGGGAGAUUGAUGAGUAGGGAGUGGGUUGCAUGUUGGCGC